UGAACGUUCUAUUCAGCGCAACGGGACAGAUAGGCGGAGUGAUGUCGCCGAUGAGCCCCUGGGCGGUCGGGGUUCUGCCGCCAGUCACCGCCUGUUCUGAUAACCAGCGAUAAUCCGGCGAGGCCUGAGGAAAAUAUUGCUGGUUCGAGAGCAGAGGCAUUGUUGUUUGCAAGAUAGAGAAUACGUUUGUCGCAAUUGCUAAUUUGAGGUUGAUAUCAAGAAUCGAUUGAUCACCAUGUCCAAAGCAUCUAAGGUGACGUUAGCAAUGACCGGUCUCGGUACUGCGGGGGUUGUCUGGUUUGUUCACUGGGCACAAGAACAAGAGAGAGCGGCAAUGCACAAAGGCGUGGAACGAGACAUGGAAAAGCAACGAGUCCGACAAGAGCGAGAAGCCGAUUUUGCGCUGCAAAAGGCCCUACAAGAACAAUACCUCAAAGUUCAGACGGUUUCUCCUAGCACGGACGAUUCAGGGACAGGGCAGAAUAGUGCCGGUCAGGGUACAUAGCGUUGGUGGUGAUACGGGAUUUGCUUCGGGACAAGAGGUGGCAUAACGGUCUUCGACCUUGUACAAAUACCAUACUUUGCAUAAAAAGCAACAGUGUAUAUGAACAGCCAUGAGCAUGUGUAUAUUAUACCCAUCUGUACAAUAUAAAUCAACUCUCUUCUACG